AAUCAUUCAUUCAUUUCCUUUAUGACACAACUCACUCCCUGGACUGGAGAACUCUGAAGCAAAGUAACCCUAGCCCUCCAUCGUCGCUGCCGUUCUCAGGUCCUCAGCGCCGCGGCCGUCCCCAGAUCCUCAGGACCGCCGCUUCUUCCUCUUCCCCGAGUCUGGAACCCAGUAACUCGGCAGGUCCUCUUCAUCUUCGCUGGCUUCUCGGCACGGAACCCAGGAAAAACAAUGCCGUUGUUCCUCUCAGACGAGGAGUUUGGGCAGUGCGACGCCGCCACCGUUGCAGCAAAGGCUGAUGCCUACAUCCGCGGCCUUCUCCAGGAGCUGGACACGCUAGGUUCCCGCGUAGACACUGCCAUCAUCAACGCCCAGCAGAACUGCUCCCUCCUCAAGCUGUACCUCUUCCUCCUCCAGAAGAACGAUUCCAACAUAAUUGCCCUGAAGUCUCGAGUCUCCGAACUUGAGUCCAGAUUGGAACAGCGAAACCUGAAAAUCGCUGAUUUACAACAGGAGCACCAAGUCCAGCUCCAAGUGAAAAUUGCUGAUUUACAACAGGAGCACCAAGUCCAGCUCCAAGUGCUGAAAGAUCAGCUGCAGGAUCUUGAGAAAAAACUCAAAGAAAAGGAAGGAUCUGAGUCGGAGGGAUCAAAGGAAGAAUCUGAGUUGGAGGGAUCAGAACCCAAGGUCGAGGAAGAGCCUGCUACGAUUCCUGCAAGACCACGUGGAAGACCUCCUAUUCGUCGAGGUUUAGGUCCUGGGCGGCCUAGGAAGUGGCCGCAGACUUCUAAUGAUGUUUGAUAUUUGUUCCUGUAUGAAUUUUCACUGCUAGUUAUACUACUGUAGUGUUGAUAUGUUUAGAUAUUGUUCAUAAUACAUAGUUGUCUGAAUUUUCACUGCUA